AUGAUUCAAAACCGCCCACCCGGCCCCGACACGAGAACACCAAACAUCAUCCCGAAAACUCAAUACGACCGGAUUCCACCUGCCCACCAUGGAAUAAUUCCUCCCAAGAUUCCGACUCACGUAUACAACCGGCUCGCCGGUUACCACACUGCUCCCAUUAAGCCGACCGGUGAACCACGCUCGCGAGCCGACCAGCUGCUCCCCCAGAUAGAUGUCGGGGCAGACCGAAUGCCUAAUGACAAACCUCGCCGUCAUUACUCCUCCAUGGCCCUACUCCCCACGUGCGUCCGCCAGUUGUCAGUUGAGGCUCGUCAAAACUUCCACAACGCAACUCACCUCAAACGCAAUGACGAAGCCGAGUUGGACAAAUACUCAUUCGGCGAAGCCACCGCGGUGUAG